UCCAAGCCAAGAUCCCUCUUUUGCUGCAACCCAUUUCCUCUUUCAUUCCUGCAAUCUUCAUCAUCGUGUUUUGAGAAGCUAGAAAUGGGUGUUGUGUGUAAGCUCAUAGAUGCUAUUCUGUUUCUGUUUUUUUUGUUGAUAGCAUUGGUGGUUCCUCUCAUAGAUGCUCAGACAUGUCUCCCUCUAACCUUCUUCCCUGACAUCUUUGUCCAACUUAAGACAUGGUACACCCAUGAAUAUAACGAUUACCUUGUCUCUGAGAAGCCCCAUUUCUUUGUUGGUCUUGUUUGGCUUGAACUUCUCUUCCAAUGGCCCCUUUCUCUCCUCAAUCUCUAUGCCAUUUUAGCUUCCAAGCCUUGGUUCAACACCACUUGCUUGAUCUAUGGUGUCUCUGUCUCUACUUCCAUGGUUGCUAUAUUAUCAGAAAUGAUGAAUUCCAACAGGGCAUCUGAUAAGCUGUUGACAAUGUAUGUCCCUAUUAUGGGUAUGGGUGUUUUAGCUACUCUGCGAGGGUUGCUGCCAUGUUCUUCCAAGGCAAGUUCAGCUCUUGGCAAGAGAUCUGUAAUGGCGAGGAAAAAGAGAGCUUGAAAUAGUAGUUAUUGAAUCAAACAUGAGAAAAUGGAAGGAGAAGCAUAGUUGUAGGUGUGAAGGGAUGAAGCAUGCAUUUCCCCAUCUCCUCUAACCAAAUUUCUAGUUUGUAUUUAAUUAUUUGAGUUUCCUUUGGUUUCCUAUCUGAGAAAAAGAUUUUGUACCAGGUUGACUUCAAAUUCCUUCAUGUUGCAUACUUAGCCAUGAGAAGAAAUAAAAUGCUAACUAUUAGAUAAUGGGAUGGGUUAACCCAAAUGAUUAUUCAAGAUGAUCAAUAGUCAUUAAGAGUGUAAUUAUUGUUUUUUUAGAUUGGUAAUUUUUUUAGCAUCUACAUGUGUAUUCUGUUUGUGGCAAUUGAUUCAGAUGCAAAAUCAAGACAAGGAGAACACAGAAGGUAGAAAAACAACACAUAUAGAUAGAGAAAGUGAAUUCCCUACAUAUUUGUUAUAUGAAUUGGCUUGGUGACAUGAGG